UGUGUGUGUGUGUGUGUGUGUCAGUUGUCGUGCAGCUGUCGUUGGUGAUUUAUUUAGAAACGUCUGACGCUCCCAGUCAGCUGUGAACGCACCGCGAGGCAGAGACCAGACCCUCCGAGUCCCGGAGAGUCCGGCAGCUUUUUGGGUCUUAGUUUCCCCGGAGACGGAAACGGAGUCGAGCCAUGGACGGACUCUGAUCCCGAGCCGGCUGAAGAGUCCAGCUGAUGGAGCCUCGGGGCGCGGCGUUGCCAUGGAAACACUGCCUCCACCUCUGUCUGCUGCUGGUCCAGCUGAGUUUACCUGAAGUCUCAGCUUCCUGUCGGAUCCUGAGGUGUAACUCUGACUUCGUGGCGGCUACGUUGGACCUUGGCAGCGGGGGGGGCGGAGCAGCACUCAGCGUGAACGCCGGUUACUGCGGCGCCCUGCGCUCUUACGCCACGUGCACGAGGCGUAUGGCGCGGGCGUGCCGCGGCGACCUGGCCUACCACUCGGCGGUGCAGGGCAUCGAGGACCUGCUGAUCCAGUACCGCUGCCCGCGGGCCGGGCCCACGGCGCCGCCGCCGCGGCCGCAGGAAACACUGUCCAGGGACGCCUGCCUCUACGAGAGCAGCCUUCUCGCCCGGGAGGGCCGCGCGCCCGAUUACCUGCACUGCGGCGUGUUCGGAGACCCGCACAUCCGCACCUUCAACAACGAGUUCCAGACGUGCGCCGUGCAGGGGGCGUGGCCUCUCGUAGACAACGACUUCCUGUACAUCCAGGCCACCAGCGCGCCCACGCGGGGCGCAGAGCACGCCACCGCGCUGACAAAGAUCUCGAUCAUCUUUAAGAGCAGCCGUCAGUGUGGCGAGCAGCAGCUGUACCAGGCCGAGCUGGACAACGUCCCCGCUGCCUUCGCCGACGGCUCCGUGUCCAGCGGCGAGCGCCGCGGGCGCCACAGCCUGACGGUGCGGACGCAGAGCCUCGGCCGCCACGCUGAGAUCCGCGCGGCGCACAUCGGCACGCUGCUGGUGGUGCGGCAGAGCGGGCGCUCGCUGGGCCUGUCGCUGCGCUCGCCGCGUGGCGUGGUGGAGGCGUUCGGGCCGGAGCAGGACCUGCAGCUGUGCGUGUGGGGAUGCCCCGCCUCCCAGAGACUCGACACAAUGCGCCCGCCAUCGGCUGCCGACCCGGCCGCGGCCGCCGACGCCCGGGCAGCGUGCGCGGAGCUGCUUCCUGCCAGGGACGUGUACUUCCAGGCGUGCGUGUUUGACUUGAUCGCCAGCGGAGACCUAAACUCCAGCGUGGCGGCUGUCAGCGCGCUGCAGGACGCUGCGCACAUGAUCUCUGACACGCAGAGCAUUCACCUCCCGCCUGUUGGCGCCGGGCCGCGGCACGCCACGCCGCUGCCGCUACCGCUGCUGCUGCUGCUCGGCAUGCUGGGAACUCUGACCACAGAGAUGGUGAACUUGUGAACUUGUGAGGUUAACUUGUGAACGUAAAUUUGCUUCUUGUCAGUUUAGCGGCACUUUCUACCGCUAUAAAUCACCAAAAAAUCCUUCCCAACCAACAACUACACAGCUGGACUCAAUGCUCAAUGUCCCAGAAUGUCCCCCCGGUAGAUCCUAGAGCAUCAGGUGCCCAAAUUCUUUCAUACGAAGGGCCAAAAUGUAUCUGGAUGGAAGGCCUCGGGCCCAAAAUAAAUGUUGAUGUUGAAGAAUAUUAUAUAUAAUAUAAUAUAAUAUAGAAUUCUUGCCAUUCUCCAGAGGUAAAACAUACGUAUGUAAUUUAAAUGGGAAGUUUACCAGCACGGUGCAUUACAUUGCCCUUAAACUCAGACUACGUACUUUUUAACUGCACAAAUUGUACGUUUUCGUAUUUUGAAGUAAGAGGAGAAUAAGCAUGAGCAUGUCAAAUCCAUGGCGGGCCAAAACAAAGACAGCACGGGCCAAAUUUGGGCGGCUUUGUCCUAGAUCAUAGUUACUUUUUUCUGUGGCUCUUUUUUGACAUUUUACAACACGGUGUCCGCAGACUUUAAAGCAGUGUUGUAGUCUACGUGAUACGCAGGUAUACGCGAGGAGAGAGGAAGGGAGAGAGGAAACAAUGUUUUUAAAAAAGGCCCAUUCUGGCCCAUAUAUCAGUUUUUUUGUGAUUGUUGCGGGCAAAAAUCCUUGAUUAUGCGGCACGUUUUCUUAAAAAAUGUGAUGGAAUAUGAGGGAUGGGGGACAUCAUUCAUAUCUGAACAGUUAGACACGCCCCUCUGGCCCUGAUUGGUGCAUCUGAACAGUUAGACACGUCCCUCUGGCCCUGAUUGGUGUAUCUGAACAGUUAGACAC